CUUCCUCACCGCCUUUCCCGCCUGGGAUGACGGAGCAGGAGACUAGGUUGCAUAAUAUUGCAAGAACCCCGGCACCUUUUCUCUCAGGCACGCGCCCCCCCUUCCUGCGUGCGCGUGCACAUAGUUCUCUCUCUUCCUCCGGGGCCACGUGCAGUUUGUGUCUUUUCCCGGGACGCCGCGUCACGUGAUUCGCGCAUCAGCUGAUCCAACAUGGCUGGGAGCAGAGCAAGAUCAGCCGCCGCCGCCGCCGCGGAAGGAGCCCCCGCCCGGUCCGGCUAAGCGCCGCGUCCUCCUGUCCUGUCCCUUCGUUUCCAGGGAAUGGUGUGGUGCCGCUGCCAGGAUGGAUGCCCUCCUCAAGCAGGUGGAGAAGGACUUGAGCAUUGAUGGCAGCCAGCUGGCAGCCUCCGCAGAGAACUCCCGUGUCAUUGCUCUGGUGCCUGUCAAGUGGCUGGUGAGCUUGAAGGAACGGGGGGUGCUGCCCAGCCUGUGCCCACGCCCCGAAGGCCUCAGCGAAGUGGAGGUGCGCACUUGCCUCCAGUACUCGGUGCAGAAGCUGCCCACCGGCUGGACGAGGGUAGAAAUCCACACCCUGAGGAAGGACCGGCUGCGCUAUCAGCUGGCCGUGACCCCCGGCGUGCAGAGCAACCCCAAGGAACGCCCGGAAACGGUCCAUGGGUUCAUGCGCAAUGUGGCUUCUCAGAACUAUCGGAACCUGUGGAAACGAGCGCAUCGCCUGUAUGUCCAGCCAUACUGUCAUGCCCCAGCUCCUCCCACCCUCCCUGCCUUGGAGGUGCUCUGUGGUGCCCUCCAGAAGCUCUAUGGCUGCCCCUUCAUCCCUGUGGGGAGGGGCCCUGCCUGCACCUCCCCUGCUAAAGAGGGUUGCUCGCCCAGCAGGGUCCUGCCGCAUUGCUCGAGCAUCCUCCCGGCAGAAGCUCUGGUGGAGUCCCCAGAGAUGCUCUACCUGCUCUUCCCAUAUGCCCAGUUCUGCCUCCAUGAUAUUGUCACCUUCAGCCCUGCCAAGCUGACCAACAGCCAUGCCAAGCUUCUCUUCAUCCUCUUUCAGGUCCUCCAGGCUAUGCAAGCAUGCCACCAGGCAGGGCUGGCAUGUGGCGCCUUCUCCUUGCACGACAUAGUGGUGGACGAGAAGUUGUGUGCCCAGCUUAGGGUUCAGCUCCAUGAUUAUGAGCGGAUGCCUCAGGAAGAGGAGGAGGUGGGAGAAGGGGAGGCAAUGAGCGCCAAGAAUGUUGAGGGAGGUGGCGCCACAGUAGCAGGGAGUGAGCCCCAGAAGGGACUCGGGGAGCUGGUGCUGGACUGGGUGAAUGGCUGCCUGAGCAACUUUGAGUAUCUCAUGCAUCUGAACCGCUUGGCUGGGCGACGGGUGGGAGACCCCAACUACCACCCUGUUCUCCCUUGGGUGGUAGACUUUACCACCAGGAACUGCCGGUUCCGGGACCUGCGGAAGUCCAAGUUCCGCCUCAACAAGGGAGACAAGCAGCUGGACUUCACCUACGAGAUGACCAAGCAGGCCUUUGUGGCCGGAGGGGGCCUGGGUGGGGAGCAGCCUCAUGUGCCACAUCACAUCUCUGACGUCCUCUCCGACAUCACUUACUAUGUCUACACUGCCCGGCGGACUCCCAAGGCCGUGCUGUGCUCCCACGUCCGGUCACAGUGGGAGCCCAACGAGUACCCGGCCAACAUGGAGCGCAUGCAGGGCUGGACCCCUGACGAGUGCAUCCCCGAGUUCUAUUCCGACCCUACCAUCUUCAAGUCCAUCCACCCUGACAUGCCUGACCUGGAGGUGCCGGCUUGGUACGGCUCCUGUGAGGAGUUUGUCGCGGCCCAUCGGGCUCUGCUGGAGAGAUGGGAGGUGUCUCAAGACCUCCACCACUGGAUCGACCUCACCUUUGGCUACAAGCUGCUGGGCAAAGAGGCUGUCAAAGAGAAGAACGUUUGCCUUCACCUGGUGGACAACCACACACACCUGGCCAGCUACGGGGUGGUGCAGCUUUUUGACCAGCCCCACCCCAGGCGUCUGGCAGGAGCCACACUCCUCCCUGCAGAAGCCCCACUCAUCACAAGGCCUCUCGUCCCGACCAUCCGGGAGACGAGGGUCCUGGAGGACUCCAAGGGCCAGCUGGCCAAUGGGAGCAGUGGGCUGGUCUUAGAAGCGACACCUUGUGAAGGCGGCUGGACUGCAGGCAGAUUCGGGGCGAGUGCAGAAGAAGAGGUGGAGCAGGGAGCUGAGGCGCUGGAGUCCAUCCCUGCAGCAAGCAGAGGCACAGAGCUGCCUGGUCCCUCUGCUCAGCUUUCUGGGAUCCCCACGGAUGGCAAGCCAGUCGGUCGAAGGGCCAAGGCCCCCCUUGCCAUGACCCAAGCGGAAGGGGCAGAGACGAGGAUCGUAGUCCCUGAGGGCUGCAACCUGCUUCAGGCCUUGGAGGAGCUGGAGAAGCGGAAUGCUUUCUUGCUGAGGGGGCUGCACGGGGCAGUGAGCUGGCUGCAGCAGCCACAGCAAAAGAUGCCCGUGGGACCCUCGGACCUGUUCCAGAGGGACAUGCAGGCACUGGGGGUCCUGGUGGCCGAGAUCAUCUUUGCGCCUAAGCUGCGCACCUUGAAGCCGGGCGCAGCGCUGCAGGAGCGCUUUCAGGCUGCCCGGAGGCUGUGCUGGUGUCACCCCAAGGAAAUCCCAGCUCCUCUCCAGCACCUGCUGGAAACGCUGCUGCAGCUGAGAGUCCCAGACUCCCAGCUUUUCAGGCAGGGCGGGGUGGGCGUGGGCAGGAGGCCGCAGCUGUUUGAUUACGAGCCCAUCUGGCAAGGCCUCCCGCCACCGUGCCCAUUGCAGCUGCUGAGUCCUUUCAGCGCCGUCCUGCCCUUCCCAGCCUACUUGCCUGCUCUGCACAAGUUCAUCUCCACCUACCUGUCCCAGAAGGCCGGAGACGAGAGCCAAGGCCGGGAGCUGGUUUUCCAACUGUGGCAGCAGCUGGAAGGGGUGCUGAGCAACAUCACCCCUGAGGGCUUGGAGAUCUUGCUCCCCUUUGUCCUCUCCCUGAUGUCUGAAGAGAAGACGGCUGUCCACGCCGCUUGGUACCUGUUUGAGCCCAUUGCCAAAGCCUUGGGCCCAAAGAACACCAACAAGUAUCUGCUGAAGCUACUGAUUGGGGUCUACGAGAACCCCCGCUGCCUACACGGGCGCUUCUACCUCUACACUGACUGCUUUGUGGCUCAGCUGAUGGCCCGUUUGGGGCUGCAGCUGUUCCUCUCCAACCUCCUGCCCCACAUCCUGCAGAUCCUGGUGGGAGUGGAGGGCCCUGCCCAGGAGGAGAACAAGGCCUUGAUGCUGGGCACGGCUGAAGACAACGAGAGUGGUGGGAGCAGCCCUGGGUCCUGCUCCUUUGGGGAAGAGAUCAAAGUGGACGCAGAGCGGGGCUCGGCCCUGGAGCUGCUCGACUACAUGUCUGGGGUCAGCUUGCACGACCAGGCAUACCUGCCAGAGAGCGAGGACUUCCAGAACGGGCUUUACAUGGCGGAUGCCCUGCAGGAGGCAGAGGAGUCCCUCAGCUUCGGCCACCUGAGUGACAAGAGCAGCGCCAGCGAGGUCUCGCUGGGUGAGGACCGGCCGGCCACUGACGGGGAGUCCCAGAAGGACAAGGCCAGCCUCAAAUCCAUGGACAGCAGCCAGGACUUGAAGCACAGCGAGGAAGAGGAGGGGGGAGAGGAGGAGGAGGAGGAGGAGGAAGAGGAGGAAGGCAGCGAGCGGCAAGGGGAGGAAGAGCAUGAUGACUCCACGUUGGUCACAGAGGAGCCGACACUCUCGAUGGGUGUCAGCGCCUCAGUGGAAGUCAGCCUGGCUGAUGACGACGGAGAGCCGGAGGAUGAAGACUUGCCUGACCAGGAUGGAGACAAGGAGCAGACCGUCUUGCUGGACACAGCCUGCAAGAUGGUGAGGUGGCUCUCGCCCAAGCUGGGGCCCACCACCACGUCCCGCUAUGUGGCCAGGAACCUCCUCCGGCUGCUCACGUCUUGCUACGUUGGUCCCAGCCGGCAGCAGUUUGUGCCAGGGGCCGAAGAGAGCAGCCCUCUGACUUCCGGGAACAUCUACCAGAAGCAGCUGCUGCUGGGGGACGUGGUGUCUGAGCCGGUGCUGGCUUGCCUCAUCCAUAUAGCACACCUGUAUGGAGAGCCUGUCCUUACCUAUCUGUACCUACCCUACAUCAGCUAUCUGGUGGCUCCUGGCGGUGGGGCUGGUGUUGUCCGUUUAAACAGCCGAAAGGAAGCUGGGCUCUUAGCCGCCAUGACGCUCACCCAGAAGAUUGUCAUCUACCUCUCGGACACCACACUCAUGGACAUCCUGCCCAAAAUCAGCCAGGAGGUCCUGCUGCCUGUCCUGGGCUUCCUUACCUCAACCACCAUCAGUUUUCCCAGUGGGGCCCAGGCCCGGGUCACCUUGUGCCUCAAGACCAUCAGCCUUGUGGCGCUGGUUUGUUUACGGAUCGGGUCAGAGAUGGUGCAACAGCACUUGAGCAACAUUCUCGGGAUGUUCUUUGAGACAUUUUCAUUGCCACCGCUGCUGGAGCAGGGCGUGACGUUGGAGCCGCCUGCACUCCAGACGCAGUUGCUCCCCCCGGAUCUGUCUGCUGUGUUGGAGCUGCAGAAGGUCUUCAACCCACAGAUGGCCUACAUCACCUUCAUGCCCUUCUCUUGCUUGCUAGGGGAUGUUAUCCACACCAUUGUUCCAAAUCACGCGUUGGUUGGGCGGCUAGCCAGCCUCUACCAGGAGAGCAUGAACCCUCGGAGCCUGGCCUCCAAGAGUCAGGAUGCAGCUGGGUCACCAGGCCUGGCUUUCUCGGGGCAAAAUGCCCCAGGCACAGACCCCUUCUCCAGCCUGUGUGAGGACACUCACUCGGGCACAUUUGGAAGCGUGCUGGUGGGCAACCGGAUCCAGGUCCCCACAGAAGCCCAGCAGGAGGCCUCUGGCAGCCCCGGCGGCUUCUGCCCUGCUCUGGCGCACAGGGAGGAGAGCACCCUAAAGCAAGAGCUCCUGCGCAGCACCCACCACCUUUGUGGCAACUGGCUGGCCUACUGGCAGUAUGAGAUCGGGGUGAGCCAGCACGACGCCCGCUUCCACUUCCACCACCAGAUCAAGCUGCAGAGCUUUGUGGGCCACACAGGUGCCAUCAAAUGUGUGGCCCCGCUCAGCGGGGAGGACUUCUUCCUUAGCGGCAGCAAGGACAAGACGGUCCGCCUCUGGCCUCUCUACAACCGGGGGGACGGCACACACGAGGCUGAGCCCCGCCUGACCUACUCCCAGCACAAAAAGUCCGUCUUCUACGUUGGCACUUUGGAGACCCCCCAGCACGUGGUCAGUUGUGAUGGCACCAUCCACAUCUGGGACCCCUUCACUGGCAAAGUUGUCCGCACUUUUGAGACCCCGGACUACAAAGUGCCCAUCACAGCUGUGAGUGCCAUGCCACCUCCCUACAGCAGCAUCAGCAUGGCCAGUGCCGACUCGGUGCUGCGCUUCAUUGACCACCGGAAACCAGGAUUGCAGCAUGAAUUCCGACUGGCCUGUGGGGCCAAUGCUGGCCUCAUCCGUUGCCUGGCUGUCAGUCCUAGUGGGCGGAGCAUAGUGGCUGGCUUCUCCUCUGGCUUCAUGAUCCUGCUGGACACCCGGACAGGCCUGAUCCUGAAGGUGUGGCCUGCGCAUGAGGGAGACAUCUUGCAGAUCAAGGCCACGGAGGGCAACAUGCUCAUCAGCUCCUCCUCUGACCACUCGCUGGCCAUCUGGAAGGAGCUGGAGCCAAAGCCGCUGCAGACCUACAAGUCCUCCUCGGAGCCCAUCCACGCCUUCGACCUCUACAGCAACGAGGUGGUGGCCGGGACGGUGGCCAACAAGAUUGGCGUCUAUGCCCUGCAGGAGUUGCUGCCUCCCAGUAUCACCAAGCUGAGCUCAGAAAAUUUCCGGGGGACCCUCACCAGCCUGGCCGUCCUUCCUACCAAGUGCCAGCUUCUGCUGGGCUCGGACAAUGGCACCGUGCGGCUCCUGGCAUAGCCCCGCCUCUCCCUCCUGUCACCUGUGACGUGUCUCCUUCGAGGGAUGGUGGCAGAGCCGCUCUCUGGCUGAGAGAGGGAAGAGGAGACCUUGAUGAGGCCUCCACCCACCUCAGCUGUCCAAGCAGGCUGCUGAGCAGCCAAAGGCCCCCACCCUCCCAUCACCAUAUGUGCCUGACUCUCUUUGGGAACGGAAACCCACUGAGGAGGGACUGGGGUGCCCUCCUCUGCCCCCUCCCUUCCCCCCAUGUGGCAUUCCUGAUCUUUUAACCUUUUCAGGUGGGUUGGAGGGGCAAACGCUUCCUUAAGGGCCAUUGGCCCAAUAACGGUGUCACGCAACACCUUUUCUCCUUGCCUGCCCCACCACCUGCUCCUGUGGGCUCCAUUUUGGCACACCUUUGCUGUUUAUUCUCCCCCAUGGACGAGCUGGUCUCCGUGCAAGGAGGGAGCAGGCCCUGCCCGGGCCAGCUUUACACCUGGAAGGCGGCACAAUCUGGGCACAGGGCAGCUCCUAAUGUUGUUCAGUAGUUGGAACUGGAGAGUCUCUCUCUCUCGACACACACACAGUCCAACUGUGCCCUGCCAUUUUGAGCAUGGGGGGGUGUUACUUGGCAGGGGUAUUGCUGAGUUCUGGCUCCCUCUAUAAUUGGCCUCCCCUGGAUGGUGGGGCUUUUUUUUCUGGGUGGGGGGUGGACAGGAAAACCUUUGAAUUAGUUUGCUCCCCCCUUCCUCUAUGGGGUGGGGAGAACACCUUUAUAAGCACUUGCUCCCUUCUCCUGGGAUUGGGAGGAAGGAGCACCCCACCCCACAAUUGCUGAUUAACUGACUGCAAUAGAUUAUAUACAAAUGUUCUAAUAAACACUCUGAAGCUUG